UGGAUUUAGGGUUUGUUCCCGGACUGGGGCAAUGCUGCCAGGUGUAAGGGUUCUUUUGGGUUUGGCGGCUGCCGCUGGGCUGACAGCAGCCUCUGUUCCGGUGGACACAAGCCCUGUCCCUGCAGCAGCGCCAGCAGUGCGUCUCGUAAGGCGCUGGGCACUGCUGUGGUCACGCUGCGCUCUCUGGCUGGUUGUUUCGGCUACACGGCCGCACGGCUGGCCUCCCUUGAGAGGCGCUGGGGUGCCACCCUCAGGUGGAUUUCACUUGCUGUGUUUGAGGGGAAACUGUGUCCCUCAUGCUCAGAGUGCUUUAGGAUAGCACACACCAUGCCGGCUGCUCCGCCCUGGUAGUAACCAGUGUGUUUCUGUUGGUGGUUUCGUUGCGCCGUUCCUUCUUUUGAAUCUCUGAUGCGGAUCGCUUGGGGCCAUUGGUGGAGGCUGAUUUUUGCACCGUGCCUGCUGUGUUGCUUGUCAGUGGUGCAGGAGGGGAGCCGGGCAGCGCUGCCCCACUGCUGCCCCACUGCUGCUUGCUGGGGUAGCCGUGGAGGAAAGAGGCUUGAGGAAGUCCCUUCCCAAGUCCAGCGGAAGCUCAAGAGGUUUUCUGCCAGUGGAGUUCCUGCUCUGGAUGAGGUUGCUGCCAAGCACUGACUUUGUGCAGCCUGUGCUCCUGUUGACUUGCUGCUCUGUGUCACAAAGGGGUUUGUCCGGCAACUGUCUGGUGAACAAGGCUUCCGUGGUGCUUCGCUGUGUGGAUAUUCCAAACCAGGAGAGGGGCGCAAGUUAACAUUUUUGGGGUGAGUUGAGCUUUUUAAGUUUUGGAGCUGACCGAUCCAGCAGAGUUGUGCUUAGGAAACCACACAUCUGGUAUUUGAGGGCUUGUUGCACCCAGAAAUCAAGCAGGCUGCAUCAGUGUGACUCUAGGGAUUGUUCUGCACGACGAAAGCUAAAGUGCGGCAUACGUCAUUAACUCCUGGGCUGUGGGUUAGGCUAGAUGAGCCACAGCUACAAGCCUUCCCACCUCAGCAUCUUCUCUAGUGUGCUUAGGAGAUGAAGCUGUGCCUUGCGGAUGAACUUGGUUUAAACCCAGACUAGACCAUGAGUUAUUAGUGAAAGCCUGAUUGCUGGUAGUUUGAUGCUGCAAUUGUAAUGUUAAUAGGCAGGGAGAGAAGGAUGCGGGAAGGAGGUGUGUGACUUCUGUGAACAGCGACAGCACAGGCGUGUGUGACCCUAGGAAUCCAGGGCACAGCAAAGCCUUUGCUUCUGAUCCAGCCUAUUGGUCUCAGAGGAGCUUCCUAAAGGACAAGAACGGCAUGCUCAUCUCCGCAGGAUCCAGCAGUUCCGUGGGCCAGUACAAGGAUGCAUUUAUGAAGGCAAAUCCAGGGUACAAGUGGUGGCCCACAACAAACCAACCUGUGAAAGCCCGGACAUCCACUGUUACAAACAGGAAAAAGCUAUGGGCCUUUGCUUCAGACUCUGCAAAAGGUUUACCAAGCCUGGGGAAAGCGACAAAAAGUGAAGGAAUGCCGCAGCGUAACUUUGGGACGGCAGGUUUCCUCGAGUACUUGCCAGUCAGAUGCGACUAAUUCUAUGGAAGCUUGUCAGAAGCUGUCCUUG